AUGGGAUCCAUCCACCGCGACCUCUCAGCUGAGCUAUCACCUGAGGAUGCUAUAAGUCUUCUCUCCGGACAAGAUUUCUGGCGUACUCGUGCGAAUGAAGCUCUCGGCCUGGGUUCACUCAAGUUCUCAGAUGGUCCUAAUGGCGUUCGAGGAGAAGACUGGAUCAAUGGAGCACCAUCUGCUGCUAUUCCUUGCGCGACAGCUCUAGGAGCCUCAUUCGAUGUCGAGUUGGUAUCAAAGUUGGCUGGUGUUCUUGCGAGAGAGUGUAAGCGCAAAGGCGUACACGGGCUACUUGCUCCGACCAUGAACAUCCAUCGUUACCCUUUGUGCGGACGAAACUUUGAAUCCUUUAGUGAAGACCCCUUGCUUAGUGGCCUUGUUGCUGCGUCUUUCGUUAAAGGGUUACAAGCGCAGGGCAUCGCUGCCAGCCCAAAACAUUUCCUAGCCAACGAGGCAGAGAACGGCCGACGAUGGAGCGACAGCGUUAUCGAAGAGCGAGCACUACGGGAGAUAUAUCUCGAACCGUUUAGAAUUGUUGUUGAAGAGGCUGAUCCGUGGUACAAUUCGGUCAACGGCUCAUUCUGCUCCGAAUCCCAGAACCUUCUAUCCAUCCUCCGCGACGAAUGGCGAUACAACGGCGCGGUCAUCUCCGACUGGUUCGGAACCUACAGCACAACAGAAGCCUUGAACGCUAGCCUCGACCUCGAAAUGCCAGGACCUACAAAGUUCCGCGAAUACAAUAAAGUGUCGGAGGCUAUCAAGGGGGGAGAAGUAAAGAAGCAUCAGAUCACGGACUCGGCUGUGAGGGUUGUCGAUCUUCUUCGAAAGACUGGUCGUGCUGGAGAAGCUGGUUUCCCACCACCGUUAAAGGCUGAAGAACCAGACUAUCUCGACGAUGUCAAGUUGAGAAUGUUGAUCCGACAGGCUGCUGAGUCAAGUAUGGUGCUUCUCAAGAAUGAAAGAGAUACGCUUCCACUUGUUGAUCGAGAUACCAGACUCGCUGUGUUUGGUCAUCAUGCGACAGAUCCUUCUUUGUUCGGUGGGGGGUCUGCUAGUCUCAAAGUGCCAUACUCAUCAACUCCGUGGGACGCUGUGAAGAAGACGUAUAGUAACGCUAUGCUUGGAGUCGGCGUAGCUGUCAACCGACUUGUGCCACUACCGAACGAAUCCGGCCUUGACAUUGAGAACAUCACGCUUCUGUGGUAUAACGGGGAUCAACCCUCUACAGAAAGUCUUUUUCACUCUCAAGAGUUGAACGACACUUUGUACAUGCUUGUCGAGCAUGCCCCAGGCGGCUUGUUAGACCGAUCCGACUUCUGCACGAGCAUGAAGUUUCAGUUCGUCCCUAAAACAACGGGUUCUUACAAUCUCAGUCUCAGCGGCCCUGGUAACGCAAAGUGUCUUUUGGACGAUCAGGUCAUUCUUGAUGUUGAAAGAGAUCUGAACAUUUCCACCGAGGACUUUCUUUUUGACCGCUCAAAAUUCGAAACCUGUAGAGAAGAGUCACUACCUUUGGAAGCGGGUCAGUGGUACAAGUUCGAAAUCCUGAGCUGGUCGUCAAAGCACAAGGCUCAGAAUGUUAAUCGUGAGUUCUUUAUUCAGGGUUGCCGGCUAGGUCUUGCACUCGCGAGCGAUGAUGAUGUUGCCUUGGCUAAGGCAGAGAAGCUCUCAGGGAGUGUUGAAACUGCCCUGGUAGUUGUGGGUACUGGUACGGAAUGGGAGUCGGAGGGAUUCGACCGUGUAAGCAUGAAACUCCCACGUCGACAAGACGAGCUCAUUCUUCGUGUCGCCAAAGCGUGUCAGGGUCGAACAAUCGUGGUGGUUAAUGCUGGAUCGCCUAUUGACACGAGUGCUUGGAUUGAUGAAGUUGAUGCAGUUAUCUAUGCGUGGUUUCCAGGUAUGGAAUUCGGCAAUGCGCUGUCCAUAAUCAUAUCUGGAGAAGUAUCACCCUCAGCUCGACUUCCGACCACGUUCUGGGACAAGGUGGAAGAUUAUCCAGCUGGCCACGUUGAGAGCCUCAUGACUUACGACAUGAAGAUCCAGUAUCGGGAGGGUAUUUACGUCGGUUAUCGUAAAAAGUCGCUUCAGACCUGUUCUGUCAAGAGUCCUCCCAACAGUGCGUUUGAUCCCCUUGAUGCCACAACCAAGGUUGUUUUGACGGUACAAAACAUCGGGUCGUUGACAGCAAGUGAGACUGUUCUGCUCUUUGUUGAAGCUUUGAGGCCAGCGACACCAAGACCAAAUGUGGAGUUACGUGCCUUUGCAAAGACUGAUCUUGUUGAGCCGGGAGGUUGGCAGGAUUUGGAGUUCAGCUUAAAAGCACGCGACUUCUCCCAUUGGGAUGUUAAAGAUCAACUUUGGCGAGUUGACGCAGGAGACUACUUGGUCCGUGUGGCUGGGUCGCGAGGAGUUGGAGACUGGAAGGAAAUCGGGGAUGUUGUUGUGAGAUUUGAGGAAGGGAUGGCAAUAGAGUAG